UCUAUUACUUUCUGUUCACUCAUCACCAGAGGUCACCUGCUUACCACAUGGACUCUUGCACUACACUAACUUUUGUACUUCACCCCGGACUACAGUUCCCAUGAUCCAUUGCACUGAUGACAAACAGCUGUAUGCACUGAUUGCACGAUUCCCAUCAGACUACAUAACCACGGACUUCCUCUUUCUUACUUCCGAGUAUUGUCUGUGCAUAACGCUAUGUUAGUGAUAGCAACGUUACGGAGCCCUCUCCUAGUUUUGUGUAAAGUUCCUAGUUCUAGUCCUGGUCUAGUUUCGUUGUAUUACCUUGUUGACUGUUCUCCUGUUUGCCUUUGAUUCUCUUGCCUUAUCGUUUGCUCCUUGCCUAGACUACUGCUUAUGUUAUUGGAUUACCUAUCUUGUCAAGCCCUCUGGAUGCUGUUUGCCUGUUUGAGCGGCUCCAGGUGUCGAUGGUCAUUGGAGACUGUGGAUAAUGGGAUAAAGCAUCUGAUGGCUUCAAUGCAGGAGUCGGUGUCAAAUGAGUGCACAACUUCUAGAUGAACAGCUCUGGAUGUCAUACAUGUGACCAAUCCUCCAUACCAUUUCAAUGUGAUUCGUCCUUCUUUGCUUCAGGCAGCUGAGAAACAAUUACAACUGUUUAACUGACUUGGGUCGAAAGAAGUGACUGAAUAGCGAUGGAGCAAAGAGAACCAUCAGAUUCAGAAAAGCAUGCAGAAUGUUCCCCACACAACAGACCUCCAGACACGAGUAAAAUGGAGGACUGGACGAAGGAGGAUGUCUAUAAAUGGCUCAUUGAGUUGAAAAUUCCUGAGAAAUAUGCUAAAAUGCUUGAGGAUCAGGAUGUUUCAGGAGCUGCUAUCAUUUUAUUUGAUAAACAAGACUUGCUAGAUGUUGGUUUAACGCAUGGACCUGCGGUUCAAAUCGUUAAAACCGUGGCCCUGUACAGAACAUCUUCAGCUGCAGCUGAAAGUCCUACCAAUGGACCUGUUGAACUGGAGACACCCUUGAGCACUGAAGAAAAGGGUAGUGAAUCAAGUGUGCAGAGAUGGCCUGAGGACAAUGGAGGGGAGUCCUCCUAUGAUGCAUCACCUCUUCAAGCCAAGAACGAUCUACUACUGGAGGAACGGGAUGAAGGCAUGUGCACAAAAGGAGAUGGGGCAAGUGGUGCACAAUCCCUGGCUUUACCUUUGACACACUGCACAAAUAAUGUGGGGAAUGAGACAAAAGAACACCUAAGGAACUCAGUGGACAACUCAAAAAGCUCUGUAUUUUGUUUGUGUAUGCCCCGCCCCUUUGAUAAAAGCAGCACAACAUUUGUAUACAGACAAAAUGAUAUACUUCCACCUGAGACUGGUCCAAGCAAUCUUAUUGACCCUCUGCAUGAAUACAAGCUCUUGGCAAACACAGAGAAAGUUUCAGAAAAGGAUGUCUUCAAAAAAUUCAGAGAUGAAACGUGUCGGUUUGCUGCAGCAUGUAUGAAUUCUCGAACAAAUGGAACUAUCCAUUUUGGUGUUGGAGAUGAGCCACUGUACAAACAUGGACAAAUUAUUGGACUAGAAGUGCCAUCUCAGAGCAAAUAUAUUAAUGAAUUUGAUAAGGGUCUGAAGGAGCACUUCAAAGAAAAUACAAAUAUUGCAAUGGCGUGCAUUAGGCCCCCAAAGUUUGUUAGGGUAAAAUGUCCAGACAACAAAGACAGGUGGGUUAUUGAGAUUGAUGUUGUCCCAAAGUAUAAAUUAACUGGGAAGAAGCUUUUUUUCAUUACAUUAGACAGGAAGAAAGGGAAGUCAAAAUGCCUUUUCAUUCGUUCUGGUGCAAACACCAUUAAUUAUUUACCCCCAAAAAAUUCCAAAAUGCUUAAGAAAAACAAUAAGAAAUUAAAAUUUGAUUUGGAACUAUGGGUUUCAUUCAGACAGUUAGCUGAAGACCAUGGUCAUGUCCCACAAUUCAAAUGCCCAUACGGUGAUCAUGAAAUCCAUGAGACUCUGCUCGCAAGCAGUCGAUAUGUGCCCUCAAUGCACACUUUUGGCAAGUCUGCACUGAAGCAAAGACGGCGACAGACUUCUUCUCGACAGUCAAAGCGACGUUAAGUUGCGAAAGUGCAGACUCAUAGGAAGACCGCAAGUGUUUAGGGUGCCGUUUAGGACAGGGCCCAUAUAGCUUAAGGCCGUGUGUCCACCAAAGUGUUUUUUUCCUGAGGUCAGCGUAUUGUUUUAAGUGUUUGCAAUCAGAGCAUAUUUUAGAAAGUCAGCAGUGUAACAAUGUCUAUUCCGCACUGUACUCUGCGCUUGGCUUUUUUUUUUUUUCCUGGUUUCCAAGAGUUGAAAAAUGUUAAACGUUGCAAUGUUGCAAACGUUGUAUGCUCACACUUGCAUUCUGUUCUUAAAAUACACAAAACCCUUGCAAUAUAUUUUACUGUCCCAUUUGUACUUUUUGUAUGGUCUUUUGUAAUAACUCUUUUGUUAUUAUUGUUAUUUGUCAGUUAUUUACUUACUGAUGGAAGCCAGUAUCAAGUGAUGCACAGUGCACUCUGCACAGAUGUAAUUUACUAUGUACUGUAUAGAAAGUAGAAGUGUAAAUAUAUAUAUUUUUUUUUAUGUUCAACUUGUUAUUAAUAUAUUUAUUAUUGCACUAUA